AUGGGUUUGGAAUUGGAUAGUUUUGAUACUUGUGAUGCUUUAAAUUUUGAUACUUGUGAUGCUUUAAAUUUUGAUACUUGUGAUGCUUUAAAUUUUGAUACUUGUGAUGCUUUAAAUUUUGAUACUUGUGAUGCUUUAAAUUUUGAUACUUGUGAUGCUUUAAAUUUUGAUACUUGUGAUGCUUUAAAUUUUGAUACUUGUGAUGCUUUAAAUUUUGAUACUUGUGAUACUUUAAAUUUUGAUACUUGUGAUGCUUUAAAUUUUGAUACUUGUGAUGCUUUAAAUUUUGAUACUUGUGAUGCUUUAAAUUUUGAUACUUGUGAUGCUUUAAAUUUUGAUACUUGUGAUGCUUUAAAUUUUGAUACUUGUGAUGCUUUAAAUUUUGAUACUUGUGAUACUUUAAAUUUUGAUACUUGUGAUGCUUUAAAUUUUGAUACUUGUGAUGCUUUAAAUUUUGAUACUUGUGAUACUUUAAAUUUUGAUACUUGUGAUGCUUUAAAUUUUGAUACUUGUGAUGCUUUAAGCAACAAAAGCUUGAUGAGCUUUUUUUUUAAAAAAGAUCUUUACAAUGCGACACAGCAUAAAGAACUUUAA